UCGUUCUCCUGUCAAUAUUGAAAACAAAAUGGCUAAUCGAUACCAAGAAUGAACAUGAGAGAGCCUAGAGGUCUAAUUUUUCCUUUUAAUUAUUGAGGGUCCAGUUUGUGUCUCGAUGUCAGGAUUUUCUGUGUCUCACAAUAGACCUUCAUCCAUAUAAUCGAGUUAAGUGCAUAAUUUAUGUUUUCCCUUUUAGUUGGAGUGCUAUUGACUUGUGACCCCAUUCUACCCCAUUUUGGAGAGCAAAUGUCCGCCUAGUAUUACACAGACGAGUCCUGGGCUCUGGCCCGCUUCAGCCGAAUCUCCCUGCAUGCCGGUUUAAUAAUAACCUAGACCAAAAAUCUUUGGUCUGUUAAAUUGAUUGCUCCGCUGAAAUCCGUUGGCUCCACUCACCAAAUACAGAGACCGAACUUCUAACUCAAUCUGUAGUACAGGGACUCAAUCAUGUCAAUGGCCAUAUGUUUAUGUAUUAAGUUUGGAUAAACCAAGGAAGUGGGGGCUGCGCAACAGCCGAAGUAAAUUACUGUUUGUCCUUUUCAAGUAUUUUUUCCCGUUUUGGUGCAUUUCAAGCCAAAACGGAAUAAUAAUCUUUAUUUUGGUCCAGUUAUAUUUGUAUGAAAUAAAGACGAAAAUCAAUGAGCCCUGUCGAGGAGAUUUUGUAUUGUGCACCCCCUAAUGGCGGCUGCACGAUCGCGAGCCUUCUGAGCUAUGUACGAGAGAGAGAGUACACGAGAGCUGAGUACGGGAGAGAUUGUUAAAAUUUUUAAUGUUAAAAAAUCUCGAAGCAGACAGCUGCCAGCUGUUUAGUAAUAUUGUUCUGACUCCCUCACGUUACGAGUCUAAGGUCAUAUUGUAAUGUAUGAUUGAAAUGAAUGGCAAGCCAUAAGGCAAAACAAAAUUGUUUCGCUUAGCCAGGCUUGCCUAAGUUUAGGCCACCCAUCCAGGAACACUCACUAGUGCAAGGAGUAUAGUAUACUGACAUGACUUACCUCGCACCAAGAACCACCUUUGGCAGGGGAUUUUUUAGCUAUAGACCUCUAUGUCGUGCAUACUGUGACGCCACUCCUGGCAUCCCCAGCACACGACUUUAUGGCUUGAUUUUUCAGUGCGCGGCGGCAUGUAAUGAACCCUUGAGUGUCCAGGAACGAGGCAAUUUUUGUUUGAGACAAAUGCUUGGUUUUUUUUACGCUGGCAGUUUUCAUCACAACCAUUCAUCAGAUAACUUGACUCUUAUUAAGUAAAUUGAAUUCUUUUGAUUUUUUUUUUUAUAAAUUGAAAAUAGAUUCUAGCAUUAGAGAUGGUUGAAUGACAAUUUUCUUGCAGAUUCACUUUCCAUCAAGAGGGAUGGGGGUAGGACAACAAAAUUUAGAAAGCUCUUAAUUUGUUAUAAAAAUACAUAAAAAUGAUCCCCAAGUCCUUAAACAUAAGAAAAGUAACAGAAAUUCCACAUAAAUUUUCACCUCUUCUGAAAAAGCAGCAAUAUCUAUUACAAGCAUGACACAUGUAGAUCUAUCGUGCCCAAGCAUGCCAAGUCUGUUGUAAUUUUACAAAUGGUCGAGUGAUUUUAGCUCUAGCAAAUGAGAUUACACUCCUUGUUUCAAGAAGCAGAUUAGCAACAACAAAAAAAAAUUGAAUAAAAAAGAGGCAGAUAAGCAUCAGUAACAUAUUUUUAAUCAGUUACAAGACAUAUGAUUGAUUGAGGGACUAAAAAUAGAGUUGUGAUUGAUUGCAAUUUUUAGCAAUGCCCCAAGACGUAUAUUCAUAAAAGUGGUGGAAGAAUAUUUAAUUUCAGGCAUUUCAUCUGUCGGCCUCAAAUUUGCCGAAUCGUGUGUUAAGUGAAUGGGUGCACAGAUAUACAUGUAAAGCACCAUUUUUUUGUUAAGUGUGAAAAUGACUAGCCAAGGUUUUUUCUGAGAAAACAACAUAUUUCUCUCAAUUCUUUAUGAGACUUUUGGCAAACUUGGCAAACUCAUACAAAUAUAAGGAACAUUAUCAUCUUAAAAUUUUGUGGAAUAAAAAGAAAUUCAUGUUGAUCCUUAAGUUAAAUUCUCAAGUGCGCAGACAUGGGGCCCCUUUCAAAAGUCACACUUAAAUCUCUGGAAUAACCCCCUGAUCUGACUAACGUAGUGGCAUAAAUCAACAUUUUUCUGAAAUUUCUAACAUUCGUAUUCAGGCUAGCCUAGUUUAUCUCUACAGAUGAUCUAGUAAAUUCAACGAUGACAUGGAUUCUCUUUCCUUGGAAGAUCAAAGAGGGCGACAGUGCACUGUUUGCUACCAUUCCUUUGCACGAGAUGGUGAACAUGUUCCUCGUAUUCUAACCUGCGGCCAUACAUACUGUACAGCUUGUCUAGGUAAGCUAGUUGGCAAGUUUUCUCAUGGUAAAAUCUGCUGCCCAACAUGCAAAACGGAUACAACAAUACCAGGACUGGUGAAUAAUGUGCAAAAGCUGGCAAAGAAUUUUGCUGUUCUUGACAUACUGGAAGGUUUGGAAGAGGUUCUAAGAGGCUCAUCUUUGGCCACAAAUCAGAUGUUAUUAUGCAAUGAACAUGAAAACGAGCCGAAGAAGGUGUACUGUUUGACAGAUAGCAUGGUAAUCUGCAUAUACUGUCAAGUUUACGGACCUCAUAAAGACCACGAAUGCCAGCUUGUUAGUCAGGUCGCUUCCAACAACAGGGAGGUAGGUACUUCAGAGAUUAAUAUUAGUUCAUAAAACAGAGAUUUGCCA